AUGGGUACCACAGGAUACGAUAAACAGUUCCUGAAUAGAUUCCGGUUCUGGGAUCAGUACAACAAACCUCUGCCCCAUCCACCACGAAUGACGAAGGCUGCCAUAAAAGCAUCAUACAAUGCAACAUUUAUGCACCCACCCGGUCUCCCCGCUCCACCAACAAUUCCCGUCCCCCACCCCGUAGCAACACCCCCGGUCAGACCACGCGCAAACCCCAAACCUCCUGCAUUCCCCCGCCGCGACAGGAAAAAGUACCAAAACCGUUCUCUCUUCAAAGGACCAAAAUACCAACCUCACGGCGCCCCCCAAGGCGGCCAUUUGAACUGGCUACCAGUCAAGUAUCUCGGACAAGGUGGAGGCGGCGCCGUGGUAUUGUGGGAGUACAAUGGCCCUUUGGCAGCUCCACUCAUCAGAAAGAUUGCUGUGAAGAAUAAAGUGACUCCAGACGGGAACUGGUUGUUGGAGGAGGGGCAGAUGAUGUCGCAGUUGAUGGCGAGUAAUAGUGAACAUAUUGUAAGAUUGCUUGUUCAGCCGCGGCAGUUGACUGCUGCGAAUAGAGCUCUUGAGGGUGGCAGUAGGCCAUUACCGAAGGCUUGGGAGGGGGUCGUGAGGAGGUUGAUUAUGGAAUAUUGUUCGCAGGGGAGUUUGGGUAGGCUGCUGGCUGAGAGGCGUCGACGAAACCUCCCGUUUGAAGAACUCACUCUGUGGCGAAUCUUCGAAUGUAUAGUGGACGGCCUAUCUGUGCUUGAAUUUGGUGAUGAGCUCAUUCCUGACCAGCAUAGCUUGGGGCGUUUCAUACCCAAAGCAACUUUUAAUCCUGCUUUGGAUUUGGUUGUACAUUUUGACCUGAAGCCUGAUAAUAUCUUUGGUGUAGACAACCGAACAGGAUGUACACAUCCCCAUACGCAGACCUGGAAGAUCGGUGAUUUUGGCUUAGCACAAGAGUUCGAUAGAAAUGGAUUUAACCAACCCGCUGGCACAGGGUGGCAGGGGCCAGAGUCUGGGACCUAUGUGGCGAACGAUAUUCACCUUCGCCACAUUGGGACUGAAGGAUUUUUCUGCCCUGAACAAUUCUCGCCGAGGUGGAACUAUGCGGAUUAUCGGGCUUCGAGUCUCUGUGCUAAGUAUGGGCGGAAGACGAAUGUUUGGGGAGUAGGACAGAUCAUGUACGAACUUGCCUGUUUCGAUCAAGGUCUUCCAGAAGCCUACUACCCAUUCAAUCCCUCAGGUCUUACCGCUCCCCACACACCAUUCAGUAUUGGCAAUACUGCAGCCAAAGGCAUAUUGUACGGCACACAUUUACGCGCUACACCCUAUUCAAACAGACUCAAAGACACAAUUCACCAAUGUCUCUAUGAAGAGCCUCAUCACCUACUGGACUUGAUGAAACUCAAGACUAAGAUUAAGAUCGGUAUUGCGAUGUGUAGUGUACUUGGUGCUCAGCCGGAGGGAUGGCAUACUCUGGAUUCUCCUGAGCCGAGGACGGCGGCAAUGGCAAAAGUUGUUCCGCCACCUUCAAAACGAUGCACACGAACCGUCAAAGCCUCCCCUGGUUCGACGCGAUGCAGCAACUGGGUUACAGUCGAUCCCGAGAAUAUGCGUCCUAGAUGUGGAAUGCAUUACAACUUGAUCAAGUUUCCGUGGCAGUGA